CACACACCCUCUGUAUGCAGCUGCCUGAACUAAUGAAACACUCUGCAUGAGGUGGCUGGUACUUUGGAUUUUUAUGAUCCUUCAUUCUGAGUGUCCCCUCCUUCAGAGUGUGAGGUGGACGGGCUCCCCAGUGGUUACGGGUCCAGGGACUCCAUCCUUAAACCUGGCACUGAGAGCGACUGGAAAAGAAGAAGGCUUGAGCAUAUAAGGCAGAUAAACAGCUGCAGCAGCUGGGAUCUAGGUCACACCAAUGCUGAGCCUGGCAAAGGGAAACAGCAGUCUGCAUUUUCAUUGAGUGGAGGCGCAGCCAUGCGCUGCUCCACCCUACUUGUCAUCCUCACGGGGGUGCUUCUCUACUUGGUUCUGGGUGCUGUGGUGUUCCGCACCCUGGAGACUCCACGAGAGGAGGGCAAGCACAUGCAACUGCAGGACACGCGCCGGGACUUCCUGUUGAAUUUCACCUGCGUUGGCCCAGACAACCUACAGACCCUUAUAGAGGAGGUGGUGGAGGCUGUUGGUGCAGGCGCGAAUCCUGGCAGCAACGUCACCUUUGUCAGCAAGUGGGAUCUAGCCAGUGCCUUUUUUUUCUCAGGGACAGUCAUCACAACCAUCGGCUUUGGAAACAUCUCCCCAAAGACUGAAGGAGGGCAGCUCUUCUGUAUUUUCUAUGCCCUGGUGGGAAUCCCAAUGUUUGGUAUCCUGCUUGCUGGAGUUGGAGACCAUCUGGGUACUGGGCUGAGGAAAGCCAUUGCCAAGAUUGAGACGCUCUUAGAGAAAUGGCGCGUUAGCCCCACUAUUGUGCGAGUGAUCUCAGCGGUCCUGUCCAUCCUGCUGGGGUGCCUGCUCUUUGUUGCAGUGCCUAUUCUAGUGUUCCAAGAGGUGGAGGGGUGGACUCUUUUGGAGUCAGCCUACUUUGUAGUUAUCACCCUGACAACAGUGGGGUUUGGAGACUAUGUUGCAGGGGAUUCUGGGUUUGCAGGCAGCGACCACUGGUACAAGCCUUUGGUGUGGUUCUGGAUUUUAUUGGGUCUUGCCUACUUUGCGUCUAUCCUGACAAUGAUUGGUAACUGGCUUCGGGUUCUUUCUAAGAAAACCAGAGCUGAGAUGGAAGAACUGCGAGCCCAUGCCACUGACUGGACACAGAACAUCCAGAAUAUGUCAGUAGAUUUUCGCAUUUCAGGAAAAAUAGAUGACCCCUUCAAACGGAGUCGACGAAAGCGCCGCCAUGGUUCUCGCAGCCAUGGUCACGGUGUGUUGGCUGAAGGGACCGCUGAGGGGAAAGAACAGCAGCAUGAUAGUCAAACAGAUUCCGGAUCUUCCUUUUCUUCCUCUUCCUCUAACGAAUCAGGGUCUGGAUCAGAAACAGACUCUCAGGGCACUCAGACAGAGCAAGUGCCUGAAACAAAGACUGAAGAACUUGCAAAGGAGCAGACUCUUCCAGAUCCCUACUUGUCUCAGCCUCUGGAUUACUUUGGGGAGAACCUUGCAUUUAUUGAUGAGUCUUCAGAUGCUCAGAGUGGCAAUCUACAUUUAGAUCCUAUGCUGGAUCCAACACGACCUGACGCUGCACGCUCUCGUCCACCAAGAAGGAGACGCCACAGAAAGCAUGUUCCACAGGGAAGCCCCAAAAGCAGCAUCUCCAACCCUAAUAAGAAGGAGCCCAAUGGAACCCCAAACCAGAUCCAGAUCUGACACUGAAGCUUUAAGAUUUAAGCUGGUUACAAAACUCUGCUGCUAGCCCAAAUAUCCACAUAAGAGAUAUGAAAUGUGUUGAAAAUUUGGCAGAGGAGUUUUCACUAUAGCAGAUUAUUUGUAUAUAUGGUCUUAUACUUGUAUAGCGCCUUUCUAUGC